AUGCUUUUCAAAGGAGCAACAACAGGUCUCAGUAACCUUGGAAGAAUGGGAGCAGCAAAGGCAGUAAAAUCUGAAUUUUCCAAGAAAAAGGUAAAAGGUAUGGUUGACAAAUACAUUGGUCAAGCACUUGAUGGCUUCAGAACAGAUUUGUCAAAGAAACUGGAUCCACUUCACAGAGGUAGUAGUUAUGACAUGAGAAUGUAUGACAGAGAGUCAUUAAAAGAGAUUAUAAGAAGAAUCAAUCUUUGGUGAAGUGGAAAGGACAUGAUGACGAUUUCAAUAGCUGAAAGACCUGAUUAAUAUAUCGCAAUUAAAUGAAUGUUGUCAAAGGCAAAGAAUUUGAUUACUUGAAGGUCAGAGCUAUACUGUUGUUAAACAGGAAAAGAGUUGGGUAAUCAAAUACAAGAAAAGCCAUCAUUCAUCAUGUUGAUGAAGAUAUUAAAAUAUCAUAGUUUCAAGAUUUUUCAAUAUGCAUUUAAACAAAUAAUCUAAUUUAUAAUUAAUAUGAGUUUGAUUGUGCAAAAUUCUCAAAUUAUUUUUUGGAAGUGGAUUUGUCUGUUCAUCUUAAAAAAAGAUAAAACCGUUUGGUUCAAAGGAAAAGAUAUUCCUGAGAUACUUGGCUGUUGAAAUACAUGAAGACUUGGAGACUUAAAAGCACAACCAUCAGCUUUAACAAGUGCAAACAACCAGAACCCCCCGUUUUCUGGUCCUUCUACCCGUGACUCUCUUCCUAAAAUACGCCUACACGAGUUUGAUGAUGAUCUUUACAUGGUCUGA